UUGGUAGAGCAAAGAGAAGGGAGAAGCCAGGCUACAGAGAAACGUUGGAGAGGGGAACGGUCUAUAACGCAGGCAGACGGAGCCAAUCAGGGCGCAAUGCGAUUACCUUAACGAGAAAUCCGAUUACUUAUUCAUUCGCCUAACUCGAAAUCAGUUUAACUAAUCGUUUAAUUCGGUAGCUACCCCCCUACGAGCGAGCGUUUUCGAGACAGACACGGGCCGAAUUCUCUCUGUGGAUGUUCGUUGGGUGUGGUGGCCAUGGGAUGGAUGGAUCUCUCCAUCCAGCCUUCUCUGGCUGGCUAAAUAGAGCCGCACACGCGCAACCACCGUCGUUUCUACACGUGCUGUAUUACCCUUAGCCCAGAGGGUGAGAGAAGGAGGGAUACAGGCGGUGGGGAAACAGGCCAGGAGGAGAGAGGCCUCAUUCAAUUCAAUUACGUAAUGAAUUGUCGUGUCUUGAGUAAACACCCUUCCUCACCGCGACUCGCCGCCGGAAAAUCGCCGGUUGGGGAUAUGUUCUCCUCGCGCGGAGGGGAUGUCGUGGUGGCUGCGCGCACCAUCGUCUUUACUGCAUCGUUCAGGAUAACAGAUAUCAGAGACCAUUGUUGAAUGGUCCUUCGAUAAUACAAUCUGUGCUAAAGGAGAACAUCAGAGCGUUUUGGUUCCGGAAAUCAAAGGAUCAACCGGUCGAACCUGGUGUAGGCAACUGUGGGCAACCUUUGUCACCUCGUAUGGAUCUCGUUUGCAAGGGUUGUCCUUCAAAGUGUCUGGAAUUUGAAAAACAGAAAAAAAAAUCGAAGAGACAAUUUUUUGGUUCUAAGAAACAAUCAGAAAAGCCAAGCAAUUGUAAGAAGGAGCAGAAACCGGUAGAAAAGAAAUUGGUCUGGUGGGAGACGAUAUUCGGUCCAAGUCCUAAGAGACUCUGGCCUGAUCCAUGUACUUGUAGACUAGCCCAUAGAGAGAGAAAAAAGAUGAGGGCACGUGAUCCAAAAUUGCGCGAUCCAAGAUAUCAACAGACUGGAGGAGAUGUUCUUUUGUAUACAGAACCGGUAAGACGACGCUCGGUAUCUUCUUGCUUCGAACCACAACCGAAACCUCCACCAGGAUACAAGAUACCCAAAGCAGCGGUUUUCAAAAUCAUGGAAGAUGUCUCCUAUAUGACGCCGGGUAAUCGCAUGGCCCUUGAUAUGCAAAUGUAUAAGGUUGACAAAGAUGUACAAUUGAAACCGUGUAGUCUUCCGUACGAAGAAUUAAGACCUCCAGAAAGACAAAGAAGAUCAUUCAGUUGUCACUUAGGAAUUCAAUCGAAAGAUGUUCUUCCACCAAUAAAUAGAGACUUGAAUUAUUAUGGAGGUCUUCGACAACAAUCGGUGCAGGAAGCUAAACUACCGAAGAACCUCAAAUCCACCCAAACAUGCCAGAAGAAAUUGCCUGAUACUGGAACCAAUUUAGAUCAAAUGGUCCAAAAGCGAAGUAGAAUAGAGCAGCUUAAAAUGCAUAUUAGACAAAAAGACAUGUCUUAUUAUCCGCCAUUUCCUUUCUGAUCGACAAUGUUGAAUCCAUUUUGCCCUGACAAAGAAUCUAUUAACUGAAUAAAAUACUUAAUUUUCGUGUAAUGUAUAUUUAAAUCGUCCGUGUGUGCAAAAGAAGUAAUCUGUAAUGUUGUUCACUUAAGUACAUCAUUCAAGAAUAAAGAAAACGUAAAUGCGA